UUGACGCGCAGUCAAAGAACGGGAGCGAUGAACGCUGCGUCUCUGAGCGCCGUAUUGUCGUUUGCGCUAGCGUCAGCAGUAGCCUCGCUUCCCGAAAAUGCGCCCGUCGUGCGCACAGAGGGCGGACUCGUGAGCGGACAGACGAUCACGGUGAGCGGUCGGCCAGUGGACGCCUUCUACGGCGUGCCGUACGCUGAGCCACCCGUCGAUGACUUGCGCUUCCGCAAACCCGUGCCGGCGAGGCCAUGGAACGGUACUUUCCGGGCCACGUCGAAACCCCCGCCGUGCGCCCAGACGAACCACUUCCACACGGACAAUGUGACGCUGUACUAUGGGCUAUUCAACUCGGAAGACUGUCUCUACUUGAACGUGUGGAGGCCGACCAAGCCUUGCAAGGACACCGUUUCUUGCAAGGCGAACCUUCCGGUUAUCGUAUUCAUCCACGGCGGUGCCUUUCAGUGGGGCGACUCGGCCAUCUUUCUCCACGACGGAGCCAACAUGGUGGCGCACUCCGACGUGGUCUUCGUGAGCUUUAACUACCGGCUCAACGUGUUCGGCUUUCUGUCGUCCGACACGGACGAGCUUGCCGGCAACUGGGGCAUCUGGGACCAGAACCUGCUCCUCAAGUGGGUCCAGCGGAACAUAGGCUUCUUCGGCGGCGAUCCGAAGCAGGUGACACUGCUCGGCCAGAGCGCCGGUGCCAUAUCGGCGGCCUUACACUCGGUGUCGCCCUACGGCGAAGGCCUUUUCAAGAGAAUGAUCAUGCUCAGCGGAAGCCCAAUUAACGUCGUCUUCACCAUAGCGUCCAAGGGGGUCGACAUCGUUAUGAGCCUCGCGCGCCACGUGAAAUGCGUCGGCUGGAGGCCCCGCGAACUCUCCGAAGUCAUGGACUGUCUCCGGAAAGUCGACAAGGAGGACUUCCUGCGGCUGCUGAACGGCGUGGACCCGCGAAAGACAAUUUAUGCGCCGGUGAGCGGUGAUCCCUACGUGCCCAACGACUGCUCCUACCUCAGCACCUGGCGCAACAAGAUCCGCAGCACAGAGGUGAUGAUAGGCACUAUGAAGGACGAGGGCUCCCUGUUCAUGGACAUCGCUUUCCGGCUGGCACCCUUCGUGCGAAGCUACCUCGACAUCGACCACCGCACCACUGCCACGGCCAUCAUCAGCGCUCUACUCAAGAUUCCUGGCGGCUCGGCCAAGGAGGUCACGGAGGCGUACUUCCCCAACGACCAUCCGGGCGAUAAGGAGUCCAUACUGAGCACUCUGCAGGACGCGGCCGGCGAAGGCCUCUUCGUGUGUGCCUCCAACUUCUUCGCAGAAAUCGCCUCCGAGCAGGGCCUGCCCACUUACCGCUAUGUCUUCGCGCACCGGCCCAGUUACAGCCUGUGGCCCCGCUGGUACGGCGCCACGCACGGCGACGACAUUCCCUUCGUGCUCGGCUCGCUGUCUUUCUACGGAGACGAGAGCCGCUACACGGAGGCCGUGCUUCCCGACCGGGCUCUCUACGACGCCGUCAAACACACCGACCAGGAGGAGCGCCUCAUGACCGACAUGAUUGCCGCCAUCACGGCCUUCGCCAAGACAGGGAAGCCAACGGUGCCGCUGUCGAACGACAGUUGGCCGCUCUACACAUCGGCCAAUCCCGAGUACGUAAGAGUGGACCUGAACGGACCCACGAAGCAGCUGGGGCCGAACCGCGACAUCUGCAACGUUUGGCGACGCUUCCUCAUCAAAAAGGAACCAGGGGAGGAAGAGAAGAUAAAGGUUGAAGAGGAUGAAGAGGAGAAGGACGAAGAAGAAGAGGAAGAAGAAGGAGAAGAAGAGAACGAGGAAGCAACAGAGGAGGGCCAUUCUAAAAACGCAAUACAACAAGAAAGCCCAGUGACAACACCGAGGUCUUCCUUGUCGCCGCUGUCUGCAGCUGUUCAACCAGAAAAGACUUUGAUUCAGAAACACAACGGCGUAUCAGCAGCAGGGUGUUUUCAAUCGGUGUUGCUGGUCAUUUGUGUGAUCACUGCAUCAUUAGUCAACAGGUUGUAAGUAUAGUGUUGCUCGGUUUAUAAUGAAUGAGAGACGUAUACAUGUCAUGCCUA